UUUUAGUUUCUUUUAGCUAUUUUGUUUUGUAUUGCUUCUGAUUUUGCUUCUUCUUUUUUUUUUCGCUGGUUUUAUGCAAUACCGUUAAUUCCCUAUUCUAUAUCUGUAUUUUUUGGGAAACUAUAUCCCAGCCGACAAGAGGACUCUCUCUCUCUCUCUCUGGUUGUGGGUGGUAUUGAGACUAAUGUAAAUUCAUCUGUGAAAGCUAUUUUUCUUGUUUUUGGAUCACAAAAAAUAUAAUUAGGAGAAUCCUCGUUAGGUGCAGUACAAGAUUUUUGUCCUUAAAGGAAGGAGGAGAAGAUUAGCGUGACAUAUUCAUCUUGAUUACAAACAAUUGGUAGCCUAAAAAUAAGGGAGGCCUCUUGACAUGAAAAGAACGUGAAUUGUGAGUAUGUUUGUCUUUCAACUCGUAGUUAGUUUCUCCCCUGUUCAGAAAUUAGGGACAGGCCUCCCUUGCUUUUGUUUCAGUUCUGGUCAGGUCCAUGGCAAAAUUUCUCCUGAUCUUAUUCGCUUCCAGUCUCUCCGCACUCUCAGUUCAGUGUCACCUUAGACACGACAAAGCCUUUAACGUGUUAGAUUUCGGAGCAACCGGAGAUGGUUCAACUGACGAUACCAGGGCAUUCGAAGAUGCAUGGGAAUCUACGUGCUCGGUGAGGGAUAGUUCUCCAACCAUGCAUAUUCCCCGUGGCUAUAUUUUCUUGCUACAACCAGUGGUCUUCUAUGGCCCUUGCAAAUCUAACUUAGUCAAAAUUGUGAUAGAUGGGACGCUAGUUGCUCCCUGGGAUCCCUCAAAAUGGAAAUGCAGAGGAAAGAAGUGCCAUCAAUGGAUUGGCUUUUCUCAACUGGAUGGCCUCUACAUAUCAGGGUCGGGUACCAUCAACGGCCAGGGAGCAGAAUGGUGGCGCUCCCGUUGCAAGCAUGAAGAGAAGGCAAGCCUAUCUACCAAUCUGAGCUGUCCAACGAAACCCACUGGGCUUGUAAUAUCAAACUCCAACAACUUGCAUAUCAAUGGCCUAACCUUUCUGGACAGCCCUCAGAUGCACAUUGCCAUCGAAAGGUCGAGAUGGAUACAUGCUUCUGCUCUCACCAUCAUGGCCCCUCGGGAUAGUCCAAACACGGAUGGAAUUCACACUCAACAUUCCCAAAACGUCUUCAUAAACCACGCUCACAUCCAAACCGGUGAUGACUGUAUUUCUAUAGGAGAUGGGUCUGCACAUGUCCAUAUUAGCAGGAUCAAAUGCGGACCAGGGCAUGGCAUAAGUAUUGGAAGUUUAGGCGAGAACGGGAAAUACGAGACAGUAGAGCAUGUCCACGUAAGCCAUGUCGAGUUCCGAAAUACAUCCAAUGGAGCAAGAAUAAAGACGUGGCAGGGAGGAAAAGGGUUUGCUAGGAACAUCGUGUUCAAGCAGAUUAAGUGCUACGGAGUGGGCCAACCCAUCAUCAUCGACCAGUACUACUGCGACCACGAACGUUGCAGGAAUCAAACAUCGGCGGUAGAAGUAAGCAAUGUGAGAUACAGUGGAAUAGAAGGGACUUCAAAAGAGGAGACGGCAGUGAGAUUUGCGUGCAGCGAGUCAGUUCCAUGCAAAGAUAUACUUUUGAGCGACGUCAAUCUUGGCUCGAGUCAGGGCCAAACUGAAACGACGUCGCUGUGUCUGAACGUCCAAGGCAGGCAACGUGGCGACAUUUCCCCCAGUGUCCCUUGCCUCUCCCAUUAAUUAGAAGUUGCUGUUUUACAAUUUUCUCCACUGUAACGAGCAGAAAUGAUGAUGAUAAUGAAUUCCAUAUGAAUAGUAUUAACACUUCUCGCGUA